GAGUAAUCACUUUCUGAAACUUUGAGCAGCAUUUAAAAGCAGCUCUUUGCUCAUAGGAACACUACACAGGAGCUCCUACAGGACAGGUAUAGAGAACUUUGGAGCAUCUAUCUUGAGCUGUAGUUGCAGUUUGUCCACUAACCAGGGCAGAAAUGAGGGUUUUGUUGAUUGCCUGUCUGCUGAUUGGGAGCAUCACCUGUGUCCCUGUGGGACAAGGGCCAAGUGACCCCAAGCCCCAGUCAUCUCCUGGCUUACCUUGGGAUUCAGGAAGAGUGGAGAGUUCUGGUCUGGGCGGCAGCUCCUCUCCACUGAGCCCAAGCUCUGUUAAUGCACCUCAGCCUGCUCCUCUAGAUGCUUCAUACAGUUCUGGCCCAGUUUACAGCUCCCCUGGAGCUUCCUAUAGUACUGGUCCUGUCUACAGCAGCCCUGGCAUUAGUGUAGGUAGCACUGGGGGCUAUGGUGGUGCUGGAGCAUCAUACGGUGCUGGCCCAGUUUACGGCAGCCCCAGCAUGGCUGGUGGUAGCACAGGAGGCCAUGCUGGUUUUGGAGCUGUCUACUCAAACCCUGAGGCUGGAUAUGGGGCACCUUCUACAGGGUAUGGCAGCAGUGCUCCAGGCAGCGGCUAUGGAGGUGGCCUGGCUGGUGGUUAUGAAGGUGUGGGCUCUCACGGGUUUGUCUCUGCUCCUGGAUAUGAGAGCUGGAGCUCUGGAUCUGCAGCAGGCUAUGAUGCUGGUAGUGAAGAGCCUCAGCAGGUCUUCAGUGACGUGUCUGAGCUGGAGCCAGUCUACGCCUUCAGCUCUCGUUCAAGCUACCAGAGAGGAAGAGCAGUGUUUGGCCAAACCCGCUACACUCCAGGAGAGCCAGUUGCCCCACCAAUGCCGAUCUACAGACCCAUCAUCAAAAUCCCUGUACAGCCAAGUGCUCCUGUGAAGCAAAGCCCUCCUGUUAAAGCUCCAACCAAAGGAGGAUACUUAAGCUCUCUGGUCUGAGUUUGGUGAGGGUCUGUGGCUACAGUAAUCCUGAUUUAAAUAAAGUGACUUUACUAAA